AUGAUUGAGUUGCUUAAGUUUUGUUUUCCAAUCGAUCCCUUCUGGAUUAGUGAUCUUAAAGCCAGAUUCUUUCUGAUAACUUGGAUCUGGAUCUUAGACAUCUCCACACUCACGAAUCCGCUGCGCUUUCAGAAGAAUUUCCAAUUCACACUGGGUGUGAAUACGGUCCUCAAGUUCAACUACGAAUGCCUCAGGGGCUUCUGUGAAGAAUGCGGGUUGAUGACUCACGAUACGGGUGAAUGUAUUCCCAAUGAUGACGAGGAGGCCUUGCCCCAUGAUGACAACGACAGGGAUGAGGGAGAUGAUGAUGCUAAUCAUCAAGUGGAGGAAGAUCAUGUAUACAUUCCGGAUCCCAUGAUCCAACAACUCCAACAACAGAUGCCUGAAGGGCCUAUUAAUGAAGACGGUGACAUCCCGGAGGAUUAUGUUUGA